UAUUGUUCAUGCCACGAAAUCGCUUCGGUAACAGUUUUAAUUUUCCGGAAUUCCCUAGCUCUCCUGUUGAUUCAAAUAUCUUUUGAUCUCUUUCAAUUGUAUCCGAAGCAUAUAACCUGAUGUUAUACUGCAGGUGAAAAAAACUGUCCUAGUUCAAGGGUACUUCGAGUAUUGCUUAAUGUGCUUGAGGAGCGACUUUUAUUUGCGAUGGCAGAAAACAUUCGUGGCGAGAAAUCAACUGUUACGGAAGGUAGUGAGCCAAGCAAAGAAAGAGAAAAGCAUCGUUUCUCUGAGCCGUGGGAAGACAGCGAUUUAAUUCUUGAGGUGGAAGAUGAAAAGUUUCAUGUCCAUCGUGUGAUACUGAGUAUGAAUUCAUCAGUGUUCAAGGCCAUGUUCAAAUCUGACAGCAGAAAAUCAAUUCCACUGCCUGAGAAAAAAGCAAGCGAGGUAUUGGACUUCAUAAAGCAACUUUACGUCCAGGAGCGACCCGAAAUAACGAUGGAAAACGUGGACCACCUUCUCAAGUUAAGUGACGAAUAUCAGGUAAAAGCUAUCUUCGACCUUUGCGCAAAGUUCCUGGAGGCACAGCCUAAAACAAAGGAAAAUGUUCUUUCGAUUCUUAAGCUUGCAAGUACGUAUAAUUUGCAAAGAGUAAAAGGGAGCUGUUACCGCCUAGUUGAAGGUAUGGAAUUGGGUACCUUUUGGAUAAUGGGCUUGGAACUUGACAAAGAAGACAAGAAUGGUUUCUUGUGUACGAGAAGUUUUGAGCUGGAAGCGUUUCUAUAUGAUCUGUACCCUCAAUUUAUGGGUUUAGUGGAGUAUUGUUUGUGGUUGUGCUACGAGGGGAAAAGGUACAUGAGGUGGUGUCCAAUGCAUUUCAACAACGGAUAUUCCUCUGGCGUUCCUAUAGAUAAGCGUAUCACAGAAUGCACGCUUUGCAAGGAGAUGUUGAUUACUUUAACCACCGAAAUGGAGCGUUUUAAGAAGCCUUACAGGCCAGCCCUUUUUAUCAAAGAGCAACCUGAUGUGAAAGUAAAAGAUCAUUUCUCUGAGCCCUGGGAAGACAGCGAUCUGGUUCUUCUCGUUGAAGAUGAAAAGUUUCUUGUCCAUCGCCUUAUUCUAAGUAUGAGCUCGCCAGUCUUCAAGACCAUGUUUAAAUCUCAGUUUAAAGAAGCAACUGCCAAUGAGAUUCCGCUACCUGGAAAGAAACCCAAUGAAGUGUUAGACUUCUUGAUGAAAGUGUACGGACCCCAUUACACCAAAAGAGAACUGAAUAUUACGAUUUGA